AUGGCGGCCCUCCCAGCCUGCGUGGUGCAGGGCGACUUUCUUGACGGAGUCGUGGAGUCGACUGUGCGCACCAUGGUCAACCACCUCAAGGCAGAGUAUCAGAGGGAGCUCUGCAGGGCCCUGGAGGCCGCCAGCCUGGAGACGGCCAGCGGGGCUGGCGCUGGUGGCAUCGACGCCACGCAGGGCACGUUUCGGCCCUUUACCUUGAACGCGCCGGUGGCUGAGAUAAGUGAAGGUCAGCUGGACUCGUUUGGUGAGCUGCGGACGACGGCGGACGUUCCAGGGCCUCCCGUCAGGGCGAGCAGGAGCACAAUCAAGCGUGUGCGGAUGUCCAGGCCCUUCGUGGAGCCUGGUGCCGCGUGGAGGCAGAGCUGCACGAGCAACAGCAUCAAGAGAACGGGGACGCAGCUUUCGACGGCGUGGGAGGCCGAGGAUCUUUUCGACCGCCGCGAGACGAUGCAGCGCAACGACAACUGUCAGGGCAGGCUGGCCCAGGCCGACACCGAGGCCAUCAAGAGCAUUCGAGAGGAGGAGAUCGCGAGGGAGGAGGCGCUUCUCGCGAGGCUGGAGAAGAGUAAGACUUCGAUGCUGUCAAUGCCCGCCGCGGGCGAGGCCAGCCCGUGCAAGCUGUUCGCAUACAUGGUGCUUACGAGCUGGAGGUUUGAUUUUGGCAUGGGCUUCGUCAUCAUCUUGAACGCCUUGACGAUAGGUGCGGAGACCUCCAUCUCGCGGCGGGGGGACAAUAUUCCUACGUAUCUUCAGAUCGCCGACUUCACGUUCGUCGUUCUCUAUUGCAUCGAGCUGGCCAUGUGGUUGUACGUUCUCGGUAAGCAGAAGGCGCUCUCGAACAAUUGGUUGAAGCUCGAUGCCGCGAUGGUGGCCGCAGGCCUCCUGAAUAUCUUUCUCACGUUGUCACGAUUCGGCGGCGACUCAGCGGCUGCUGUGGUGGACAAAGCUAACAUGCUGAAGGUGAUUCGCCUGUUCCGUCUUGCAAAGACCGUGCGGGUGAUUGUCCAAUUCCGCACUUUGUGGAUGCUCGUCCAAGGGCUGAUGUAUGCUGUCAUGCCGAUGUUCUGGACGGCCAUCCUCAUGCUUGUUGUUUGUUACAUGUUCGCUGUGAUGGCAAUGGAACUUAUCGUUGUCUCGGGCGACAACGAGGACUACGACAUUCCCGCGCGUAAUUUUGACACCAUCGGCGAGUCCAUGAUUACUCUGAUACAGUUCAUUACCCUGGACAGCGUGGCCGGAAUCUACAGGCCGCUUGUCGCGACGAAGCCAUGGCUGUUCAUCUACUUCCUGAUAUUCCUCCUGCUUGGUCCCAUUGCCCUGAUGAACAUUGUUACGGCGAUCAUGGUGGAAUCGUCCCUUCGCACUGCCAGUGAAGAUCAAGAGGCAAAGAAGGCGUGGGAUAACAUCAGAAGAAAGAAUAUGAUGCCUAAGCUCAGAAGUUUAUUCCUUGCCUUGGACAUCAGCGGCGAUGGAGAGGUGGACCUGAGCGAGAUCUUCAAUGCUCCAUCUGAGAUUCAGGAGGCCAUGAAGCAUAUAGUCGGCCUGGACGAGCUCGAAGAGGUGUUCCGGCUGCUGGACUACGACGGGAGCGGCCUCAUAGAUAUUGAAGAGUUCGUAGAAGGGAUUAUGCGCUCGCAGUCAGAUAAGCCGUCGGAGCUCGCCGUGCUCGUGAAGCAGGGCCGGGCGAUUCUGAAUAGGCUCAAGGGCAUCUCUGACCAGGUUGGCUCCGACGGCAACCCGCGAAGGUCUUCUACCAGGAAUCGAGAAUGUGAGUUUGGUCGAGGCUGCGAUGACGUUUCUCCGCUGGGAGACUGA